UCUCCUGAGAGAAUCAGUUAUAUGUUGUGAAAUCACCUGCGUUGUGUCUGUGAAAAUCUGUUUUAAAAUGAGUCGGCGAUUUUUCGAGGGCGCGAAACACGCAAUGAUCUAUGCUGCAGCUCGACCUCGCUACUCUGACAAGGUGUUCGAUCACAUCUUCAAAUACUGUCAAACAAGAGGAGGAAAAUUCAAGCUGGCAGUAGAUGUGGCGUGCGGAACUGGACAUCAGAGUACUCUCCCUUUGGUGGGCCGUUUUGAGAAAGUUAUUGGAGUUGAUGUCAGUGAGGAACAGUUGAAACAAGCACCUAAAAAUGUGGCAAAUUUGGAAUUUAGACAGUCGACGGCGGAACAUUUGUCGUUCCUUGAUCCAAAUUCGGUAGAUUUGGUUACUGCUGCGUGUGGCCUGCACUGGUUUAAUAUUCCGGAGUUCUUCUCAGAAAUAGAACGGGUACUUUCGCCGGGUGGAUGUUUGGCUGUCUACUGUUAUGGUUGGGUAUCACUUCAGCAAUCUGCUGCACAGGAUAUACUACGAAGGUUCAUCAGGUCGAAACUGUGUGACUUUCACAAUGACGGUACUCGGAUGUGCACGGAUGGCUACAAAGACGUGGAACUUCCGUUCCAGGACACACAGAAACAUUCAGUGGACUUGAAGAUGGACUGGACAGUUGAUCAACUGUGUGACUUCAUUCAAUCAACUGCGCUUUGGCAGAAUCGUUUGAAGAAAAUCCCUAACUGUGAUAGCCUCAAUGUUUUAGCAAAGGAGUAA